UUCACGAAGUUGGAGUGACAACACGUUCAACUACUUAAGACAUUGGCUCGAAUAUAGGUUGUGCCUUUAGAUUUUGAAAAAGUUAACUAAGGAAGAAUUUUUCACGUCUCAUUGACUUCUCAAGCCCUCAACACUGGCUUGUUCCCGGAAGUAUCGCGAUAUUGCGCCUCUGGGUUUAGAAACUCUGUGCUAAAAGCAUCUCUCACUACCAAACCAGAGAAGAAAAAGAAGAGAGGAGAGAAAGGGAAGCGAACGCGCAAAUACAUGCAUACAAUGAUAGCAGAAAUUGGUGCCGCCGACAAUCCCAAGGCCAGCUCCAGCUAUCCCCAUCCCCAAGCAGCUGUGAUCUGCCCAGACUCACCGGUUUCAUUCGCCCCGGACUACGGAGUCGGACAGCUGUUCAUACGUAGCGCCUCGUCCAGGAGGGACACACAGACGUCCGCGGGGAGUAUCAACCCAGACGAGAGCUCCAUCAAGCCGCUGGUAUCCGGAGUAUCCUCCGCUAUUACAGACGCCUAUAUCAUGACCUCUGAGGAAUUCAUGCAGACCGCUCCCUUGUUCGGCCAGAGGUCCAAGAGGAACGUUCUCUACAAGAUCCUGUGUUUCCUCAUUCUGAUAUUCCAAGGAGGCAUUCUAGAUUUCUACCUCAUUAUCUUCACGGAUCUGUACUGGUGUUCGUGGAUCGCCACGGAUCUGGUGGUGAUCUCUGGCUGGGGGAUCUUCUUCAUGAAGAACGCCAGGAGCAAGAGAGAGCGGGCGUGUGGGUUCCACCAAAAGAGCUCUAUAUUCGGCUGUAACCUCGGCGAGUUUACCUACGCCUACCUGGCCUGGUUAAUCUACGUGAUCGCCUGCACCCCUAAAAUAGUCCUCAUUCUAGAGACUUCGAUAUUAGAUCUCAUCGCGCUCAAAGUUCCGUUCGGUGUAACCGGAUUUAAGAUUAUCACGUUGCUCUCGGUCCCGUUACUCUACUGUCUCGUCAAUUCUAUCACCGAGGACCAGAACGGAGCUACGCGCCACCGGUCCCAAAGCUGCUUCAUAACCACCUGUCUGGACCUCGCAGACUGUUUUACCCUGGUGGAGUUGUUUCUGAAGAACGAGAUACCGACGGUCUAUUUAAAAUACACGGUCAUCUCGGUGUAUUUCAUCGCCCUGGGCGUCCCAGUGGUGUGGUUAUACGAGUUGACAGCCUCCGAGAUGCGCUGUCGCUGGGUCUGGGCUAGGUUCCUGGUCGGUGUGUUGGUCAACGCCCCACUUCUGGUGGUGCGGUGUUUCCAGGUGUAUGUUUACAAGAUGCCCGUCUCAGUGUUCAUGUUCAAGAAUAUGUUCUUCCUGGCCUGUAAGUGUCUGGAGCUGAUAGAACAGUGUUUCACAGUGCGGGGAGUCAGGAGGUUCGGUGAGGGAAGCAACCCGGCGCAGUUCUCUCACUGUGUCUCAGAGAACGAGAUGUGUCCCCAUGGAUAUGUUAACACCCUGGCGGUUACCACGCAGUCAUAGGCCCGGCUUGGAUCUCACCCUGGCCGUCACUACCUAGACCUAAAACGGCCUGGAUUUUAUUUGAUCCCCCUGGAGGGUGGAAGGCACAUGAGUGAUGCUGAAGGAAGAAUUUUGAGGGACAGGGAUACGCCCUUAAACGGCACCCUAUGCCCUAUAUAGUGCACCUACUUUUGACCAGGGCUAAUAGGAUUCUGAUCAAAGGGAGUGCACUAUAUAGGGAAUAGGGUGCCAAUGAGGAUGCACACCCACAGGUGUCAAUCAACGACAGCCUUAUUGACGAUUUUGUCAUUUAUUCAGAUGUGAACAUUUGAUAACAACAGGUGCUACAGAAUCAUUAUGCAUCAACUACACCUGCUUAAGACCUGGCUGACCUGGCAGACCUGGCAGACCUGGCAGACCUGGCUGACCUGGCAGACCUGGCAGACCUG